AUGUAUCCUCUCGCGUUAGGUCAUUCUACCGUCAUUCUCUUGUUCGUUUCCUUUGUCGCCCUUUCUGCUCGUGGAAAUGCCCAGAUCCUCGAGUCCAAAACUCUCGCUAAGAACUUUGCUUCACCCAAAUCUCACCUCGGACCCUAUGUAUACUGGCGCUGGACGGACGGCAAAAUCAACGAGGAUGGUCUCGACAAAGAUCUUGCGGCCAUGGCAGAGACUGGUCACGGCGGUGCCCUCAUCAAAGACGUUCAAGCCGGGCUACCAGAAGGGCCUGUGACUUAG